AUGCAGUUCCGAGCAGUGCACUCAGGGUACCGGAGGUACCCUAUCCUGUGCCACAGGGCUGGUAGACACGAUUCCGACCACGAGGGACAUCCCACACAGAGCAGAGCAGUCCUUCCCGACACCUCAUCCGACGAAAGUGUGAAUCGACUCCAAACCUUACCCAAUCUGUGUCCGUUCCAGCACGAUUCCGACCACGAGGGACAUCCCACACAGAGCAGAGCAGUCCUUCCCGACACCUCAUCCGACGAACACGAUUCCGACCACGAGGGACAUCCCACACAGAGCAGAGCAGUCCUUCCCGACACCUCAUCCGACGAAGUUGCUUCACGCUCUUGGACCUGUGGCACCUCUUCCGGACCUCCAGCAGGAGCUUCUGCUUGGAUUGCCGAUGUGGAUCCCACCAGUAGUGACGUUGAAAACGACCCCACUUCUCGCAGCUAUGAACAGGGCGAUCAGUCUUUUGACACUGACAUCCUCAGUGCAAAUGUGUGCAAGUGUGUAUCCACAACGAUUGCUGAUGUUAUGGUGCUGGCCCUUGCAUACGUCAGCCGACACCAGCCAACGAAACGUGCUUUGCUGGACCUGCUGGUCCUCAUUAACACAAUAUUUCAGAGCAACAUUCUGCCGACAUCUCAGUACUUUUUCAAGAAGGUUUUCCCAAUAAAAGCUGAGCAUGUUUCGCAUCAUCUGUACUGCCCGCGCUGCUCAUUCCAUCUGGGACAUAAAAGGAAGACCGCAAGCAAGAGAGUAAAAUGCACCAACUGCAACACUGAAUGGAAUGUCAAAAAUGUUCCAUCGCUCAUCAUGUUGCCUCUUGGUCCACAAAUUCAGUUUCUCUUUGAAAACAAUCCCUGCAUUCAGGAGCACCUCAGCUACAGACGUGACAGGAUAAAGAGUCAGACAAAGAAUUUUGAAGAUAUCUUAGAUGGCAGGAAGUACACAGCCUUAUCUCAACCCGGUGAAGUGCUGUCAUCACCAGAGAAUUUUUCAUAUUCAUUCAACACUGAUGGGGCACAGGUGUUUAAGUCAACAAACACUUCAGUGUGGCCCAUACAUGUCAUGAUAAAUGAACUACCACCCACCCUGAGACAGAAACACAUGCUCUUAGCUGGGAUGUGGUAUGGGAAGAAUAAACCGGAUAUGAACAUGUUCCUUGGACUCUUCGUGGAAGAUGCCAAAAAAGUAUUCAGUGGCGUGAGGUGGAAGAGUACAUCAGGGAAUAUGAUUACGAGCAGAUUUGUUGGGCUGUGCUGUUGUGUGGACUCAGUGGCACGGGCUCCCAUGCAAAACCACAUAGGAUUUCAUGGAUACUAUGGAUGCAACUGGUGUUGCCACAAGGGUGAACAUUUUGCUAAAGCCAUGAGGUUUCCUGUGACUUCUGAAACACCUGAACAACGAACUGAUGGUCAAGCCUUGAGGCAGAUGCAAAAGGCACUGGAGGAGAACCGCCCUGUUUGUGGAUUUAAGGGACCUGCUGCACUAAUUAAUCUGCCCACAUUUGGCAUAGUGUCCGGGUUUGUGCCAGACUAUAUGCACACAGUUCUGUUGGGGGUUGUGCGCACUGUGACUGGCCUGUGGUUGUCUGAAGCCAAAGAGCUCUAUUAUAUUGGCAAGAAGUCAACAAUCAAUCUGAUCAACAAAAGAAUCAUGCAGAUGUCCCCACCAUACAGUGUCUCGAGGUUGCCCAGGGGCAUAACUGAUCAUCGUCUAUGGAAAGCCUCCGAAUGGAAGUCAUGGUUGCUUUUUUAUGCUUUUCCAUGUCUCAAAGGUAUCCUUCAGGAAAAGUACUUGAAGCAUUUCGCGCUCCUAUCAGAAGCCAUGUUUAUUCUACUCAAGGACUCUCUGAGCAGAUCAGACAUAAACAAGGCAGAUUGUUUGCUGCUUGAAUUUGUCUGCAAGAUGGAGUCGUUGUAUGGCAAAGCAGCAAUGUCAUUCAAUGUUCACUGCCUCACACAUCUUGCAAAAAGUGUUGUAGACUAUGGUCCUCUGUGGGCCCAUUCUGGAUUCCCCUUUGAAGCAGCAAAUGGGCUUCUGCUAAAAUUAUUUAAAGGAACUCGGUCUGUAUCGCUUCAAAUCGUGCAGAACUUCUUGCUUUUCCGGUCUGUGCCAUACUUUAGCAGCCUCUACAAUGUACAGCCAUUCGUCACUGAUUACGCAGAUCACCUAUUUGAACAUGAUCCACUACAACAAACUUUAAAAGUUGGAUCGGUGCGCGUUGUUGGCAAAGGCGUCAGACAUGGGCCGGUGCACACAUUUAGAGAUGUAGCAGUGACAUUGCCUUCCUCCAGCACUGUUUACAAGCGAAUGAUAAUGAAAAGAACAAUGUAUCAUUCGACUGACUAUUCUAGAUCGCACCGACGAAACAAUAGGACAGUUUGUCUGACAGAUGGUUCAUAUGCUGAAAUACUUCGUAUCUGUGUCUACGAAAGUGCUGCUGAAAUGGAAUGUGUGCUGCUGCUUAUGGAAUAUGAUUGUGCUCAUGAGUUUUUUAGUCCUCAUCUCACAGUGUGCUCCUCCUCGGAACGAAUAAGAUCAUGUGCCCCUGAUGCUCUGGAAUCCAGGUGUAUGUGGAUGCCGUUGAAUGACGUGGAAUGUGUAGUGAGCAAGCUACCAAACAAGGUUGAAAAUGAAUAACUUACUUGGGUUAUCUCCCAAAAGCUCAGUGCGAAACGUUUUGAUGUACCAAUCUGAAUGCUACUUCUGCGGAUAAUACUUUUAAUUGAGUUAAUACUCUUCAUUUUUGAACUCGUAUUACAGUGAACUCUUAUAUUACCCAUGAUAUUGCAUCACACUUGUUUUAUGAGCAUUUUUCUUGAGAAUUGUUUCAUCACAAUGUAAAUCCACCUAGUUAUUAUGACUGCAUCACAUGGUAUAGUCUACCACAUACCUCAGGCAGAGGGCAGAAUGUUAGAUUAAGGCACCAAGGAUUCAGAUGACUCCUGAUGUUGGUGAUCACUCAUACUCAUACAUAGGGUUCUCUUUCGGGUUAAAUGAUUUUUUUACGAUAAUUCCCCCCCUCCGACGAGUUUUCAAGAAUUCAAGUGAAACCUGAUAUCUACCCAAACUUGUUGUGAUCCUCCAAGUUGUCAUUCUAGGUAAACCGUCAGGAAAAGUGACUCAUAAUAUCAACAAAGAGAGCUAUUUGUCCUCCUCUUAUAAUCCCAUCCAGCAGGAGUCAAAGAUGAGCUUUUGUGGGCCUCCAGCAAGUGUUUGAAUACCGCGGUCAUUCACUGCCCCAGUUCUGAGCGGAAAUGCAAAAAUUGUUGUUUCUCGUUCCAGUGUCAGAGCAGUGCUUUGUUUCAUAUGCCUUUCGUUUCACCCGUAAAUUCCCUGAUGACAUAACAGAUAUUGUAGCGCCCUAUUUCUGCCUGAAUUCUGGUGUGUAAAUAGCACACGAUUCUCACACCCCACGAAUUUCAAAAAUCAUAAAAUCCAAAAACGAAGAACUCUACUCACACAGCAUUUCGGACCACCAAAGUGCUCAAGUGCUUAAGAAGGCUGUGAGCUUUCCUGAAACUAAAGAGUCAUAAUGACGCAGACUUUUCAGUCCCUGUUGUCCCUGUUCAGUAGAGGGCAUUUUUCAUUAGUAUGACUGUUUGCUUUAUUUGACCAAUAUCCAUGGGAACUCUGAUCAUCAUAUUAAUGAGAAGUCACUGUAUACGAUGCACGGAUUUGCAACAACAGAAGGCAUGUUUCCUGACUGUGAUGACAUGUUGUGUUGGUUCGAUUUCACUGUUACUUUUGUGUAAAUAUAGGUCUGUUUGUGUGAAUUUGCGUUGUUCUAUGUUUGUUGUCAUAUUUUGUGCACUGGAAAGCAAUAUUUCUAAUUUUAUUUCAAUAAAGCUGAAAUGCGAAUGUA